AAUAAUACACUAGGCUGGCUGCAAGCGGAUCAUGUCACAAAUUGAUCAUAAUGGGAAUGGGAAUGGGAACCGAAAUGACAGCUCUGCGGAAUUAUACUUGAUAAAUACAAAUCAAGUGUAUAAACGAACUCAUCCAUCACCAUUAGAUAAUUUAUUAUCAAUGUAUGGAUUGGAACCAAUAGCGAAAUCAUUGGCGCGCUCAAACCCCGAUGGAUCCAAGGGAGUAAAGUUGAGAAAAUCAUAUAAAAAUCAUAUACUGGAUUUACCAGGUAAACAUCAAAUAGCGCCUGGGAAACAAAUUCCUGGUAGUAUAUUAGAUCCAACAAUAUCACAAGCUCCAGAUAUAAUACGAGAGUUGGAUCCUGAACUUUUAAGUCGAGCUUUAAAGUUUGAAAAAACUUCAAUAAAUGGUAUUGCUGGUUUCAAUACGGCGGAUUUAGCUAUCAAUGAUCAAAAUAAUUUAAUGAGAGGUGAUGAUAUGUCUGAAAAUGAUGAAUAUGGUUCUAAAAAGGGCAAGAGAAAGAAGAAGGUGCAAGCCAAUGGUGGUGAUAUAAAGAGGCCCCAUAUAUAAUACGCAUGAACAUAAACAUGAACAUAGUUAUUAAUAAAAUCUAUAGGAAUUACCCAUACAUAGAGCCUAUAGGCUGUAAUAUAUUAUACGAUAAUUAAUAAUACAAUUAUUAGAGAAUUAGAAUAUAACUCUAUA